AUGACUCAAUUCGCCCAGGUGUUCGCUGAGAUAGGCGACUUUGGUCGCUUCCAGAUACAGCUCAUGGUACUGCUGAUUAUCCCCAACUUCCUGUCUGCUUUCUACAUGUUUGCCCAGGUUUUCAUGGUUCUAGAUGAAGCCCACCACUGUUCAGUGGCCUGGGUCAAGAAUCACACUUUCAACCUAAGUGCUACUGAGCAGCUGAACCUGAGCGUGCCUCUGGAUGCUGCUGGGAAUCCAGAAAACUGCCUCAUGUUCCGGCCACCCCCUGACAACGCCAGCCUGGAGGACAUCCUUGGCCACCACCUCAAUGAGACACAGCCUUGUGAGAAUGGCUGGGAGUAUCCUGAAGACAAACCCCUGUCCCUAAAGAACGAGUUUGACCUGGUUUGUGAUCGGAAACACCUGAAGGAGACCUCACAGUCAGUAUUCAUGGCUGGGCUCCUCCUUGGCUCUGUCAUCUUUGGACCCCUCUGUGACUGGAUUGGCCGCAAAAUUACUAUCUUGGUGCAGCUGCUACUCUUCGCCAUCGUUGGCCUGUCCACAGCCUUUGUGCCGAGUUUUGAGCUGUACACAGCCCUGCGCUUUGCUGUGGCCACUGCUGUUGCUGGGUUUUCCUUCAGCAAUGUCACUCUACUUACGGAGUGGGUAGGGCCCUCAUGGAGAACCCAGGCUGUGGUCUUGGCCCAGUGUGCCUUCUCCGUCGGGCAGAUGGUACUAGCUGGACUCGCCUAUGGCAUCCGCAACUGGCGGCUCUUCCAGAUUGCUGGCACUGCACCUGUCUUGCUGCUCUUCUUCUACAUCUGGGCUCUACCAGAAUCAGCAAGGUGGCUUCUGAUCCAGGGGAAGAUCGAGGAGGCAAAACAAGUAAUCCAGAAAGCAGCCUCAGUCAACAAGCGGAAACUCUCUCCAGAGUUCCUGAGCCAGCUGGUUCCAGAGAGUACAGGCCCCUCAGGGAAUGCCCUGGAUCUGUUCCGACAUCCCCAGCUCCGGAAGGUCACCCUGGUUCUCCUUUACGUGUGGUUUGUGGACUCUCUCGUGUACUUUGGUUUGAGUUUCCAAGUAGGGGACUUCGGCCUGGACAUCUACCUGACCCAGCUAAUCUUUGGAGCAGUUGAGGUACCGGCCCGUUAUUCCAGCAUCUUCAUGAUGCAGAAGUUGGGCUGCAAGUGGAGCCAGCUCGGAACCUUAAUUCUGGGUGGCCUCAUAUGUAUCGUCAUCGUCUUCAUCCCAGCAGAUCUGCCCAUGGUGGUCACUGUGCUGGCUGUUGUGGGGAAGUUUGCCACGGCUGCUGGGUUUACCAUCUCCUAUGUGUAUUCUGCUGAGCUCUUUCCUACCAUCAUACGGCAGACAGGCAUGGGGCUGGUGGCCAUCUUCUCAAGGACCGGGGGCAUCCUCACACCACUUGUGAUUCUGCUGGACGAGUACCACGCGGCCCUCCCUAUGCUCAUCUAUGGCAGUUUCCCCAUUGUAGCAGGCUUUCUCUGUAUCCUGCUACCAGAAACACAUGGCCAGGCCCUGAGGGACACCAUUGAGGACAUGGAGCAGGGCUCCCAUCCACGGUCCCCGAAGUCAAUGCCCACAGAAAAAGAAAUAGAAGCUGUGGAAAGAGUUUCCAACUCAGGGGUGGCCUAUGUAAACAGCACUUACUUCUGA